AUGGAGAUGUUUCAUGUUAAGCCACGUUGGCUUUUCCUUAAAAUAACGUGUGACGACGGUACGGUUGGAUGGGGUGAACCUAUUGUCGAAGGACGCGCGCAAACAGUGGAAGCAGCUGUGAAAGAAAUCGCCCGAUAUUUAAUUGGACAGGAUCCGGGAGAUAUUGAAAAACAUUGGCAAAUCAUCUAUCGAGGAAACUUUUAUCGGAAUGGACCGAUUCUUACAAGUGCUUUAUCCGGUGUUGAACAAGCUCUUUGGGACAUCUUGGGCAAACAUCUUAAUAUACCAGUCUGGCGUUUACUUGGUGGCAAAGUACGUGAUCGUAUUCGUAUGUACGGAUGGGUAUCAAUGGAGCCAACUGGUGACUAUAUUGAUUUGUAUGCUAAGAGUAUCAAUGAAAAUGUCGAAGGAUUUACUGCGUACAAAACAUGUCCCAUUCCGCCGAUGCAGAUGAUUGAACAACCAGACGUUCUACGCACUAUUCGAGAUAAUGUUGUUCGUUUGCGAGAGAAAGUCGAUAAACGAAUCGACGUUGCUCUUGAUUUUCAUGGUCGUUGUACACCUGCUGUGUCACGUCGACUUAUUCAUAUGAUUGAAGAUAUAGAUAUUAUGUUUAUCGAAGAACCUGUCUUGCCGGGUGACGUUGCUGCUUUAAAACUAGUGUCGUCGUCGACAAGUAUUCCUAUUGCUACAGGAGAACGUUUGUUUACACGUUGGCAAUUCAAUGAUUUGAUUGAACAACAAGCGGUAGCCAUAAUCCAGCCUGACAUUUCUCAUUGUGGUGGCAUUUUUGAGGCUCGUAAAAUAGCUGCUAUGGCUGAAGCACGAAAUAUCGCUGUUGCACCACAUUGUCCACUUGGUCCCAUUGCUCUCGCGUCUUGUUUACAAUUUGCUUCCUGUACACCAAACUUUCUAUGUCAAGAACACUUAACAUUGGGCUACGAUUAUCUAAAAGUCCCGUUUCAAGUCAAAGAAGGAUAUGUUGAUGUGCCACAUUUGCCUGGACUAGGCAUUGAAGUUGACGAAGAAAAAGUACGAGCAGGGAUCUUCGCAGGUGAUUGGCAUACACCACAGUUUCGUCUCAAAGAUGGUAGUUUUGCUGAAUGGUAG